UAUAUAUGUUUAACUCGAGAGCUCGGAACGCGUUGAUUGAAAAACAAAACAAAACAAAAAAAAAUCAUUUAUUACAACGACGCAUGCGAAGCGAAAAGAAAACCGUUGUUUGACGAACUUUAUUACAAAACUGCGUCUUCUACUUCGUUUCUUUUUAUUGAAGAUAAAUUUUUACCGCAUAAUAUAAAAGCGAGAGAUUUCUCGCGUAUGUGUGUUUGUACAAAACUACUCUUGUCGUCGUCGAAUUGUUCUACUAAUGCGUUGUACAUAUUGCGGUAAUCGCGAAAUCAGUUGCGUUUUGUGCGACCGAAGAAAGUGACAGAUGUUAUUGCGAUAACAUCUCUGACUUAUCUCUUCCGAAUUGCUCUUUGUGUGUUAUUUAUUGUUGUAAAUCAUCAGUGAUAUUUACAGAAAAAUAGAAAGGCGUCUUCCCGAUGAGACCAGAGAAAAAUGAGAAAAAUAACAAUAGUAAUUAAUUAACUAAUCAGAAAUUCGAUUUAUGGUCGCUGGAUUUAACCUGCUCCAGUUCGAAUCAAUGAUUUGAAACGUGUGACGAUAAUAGAAUCGCAAGUUUGUUUGUUACCUGUGAACGAUGAUCAAGGCGAUCUUGGUGUUUAAUAAUCAUGGAAAACCUCGUUUAUCCAAGUUCUAUCAGUACUUUAACGAGGAUAUGCAACAGCAGAUAAUAAAAGAGACAUUUCAGCUUGUCUCGAAGAGAGAUGAUAACGUGUGCAAUUUUUUAGAAGGUGGUAGUCUGAUUGGCGGAUCUGACUACAAAUUAAUUUAUCGACACUACGCUACGCUCUACUUUGUGUUUUGUGUUGAUAGUUCAGAAUCGGAACUAGGGAUCUUGGACUUGAUACAAGUCUUUGUUGAAACCCUAGACAAAUGUUUUGAGAACGUGUGCGAACUCGAUCUCAUUUUUCACGUGGACAAAGUACAUUAUAUACUUAACGAAUUGGUAAUGGGUGGCAUGGUUCUUGAGACCAAUAUGACUGAGAUUCUCACGAGGAUCGAGGAUCAAAAUAAAUUAGAAAAACAAGAGGGGACUUACAAAUCCAGACGGUCUUAUUCACCCCGUCCGCUUGUCCUUCUGGGACCCCCACAUUAAAUCGACAGUAGCAAAUCAGGCCACUUUUGUACAAUCUCAUUCCUGCAUAAAAUAUGUACAUAAAACGUACCUGUGACACGCUCUUGUCUCUGAGAUUUAGAUUUAGAUUUUUUGUGACUAAGAUUCUUGAAAGUGUUAAAAAAUCCUUUGUGGCUUUAUGAAGAGUGAGCGUUAAUACGCAUGGCGAUGCAAUUUUAUUUUUUGUAAUUGUCCGCUGUACCGUGCAAGCAGAGUGCCUUAAUAAUGUAUACGUCGCAAUGCUCUAUAAUAAUAAAUGCCAUCAUUUAUAUUCA